GAAUCUCCAAAACAAAGUUCCACAAGUCAAGAUUUGCUUUCAGACCCUGCUCUUGAUUCACAAUUGGAUUCUCUGAGGGAAAGGCUUGCUGAGGUGUCACGACAGUCUAUUGAGCUUAAUAGGGAGCUUCAAGACUUGGAACGAAAAUCUACUGCAACUGAUCGGUGUAACGAACUUCUUGCUGAGGUGUUUCAGUCGUAUGAUAAAAACUCUGCUGAUAGUCUGUUACAAGUCUUGUUGCUUUGACAGAUGGAUCGGAACCUGACAGGAAUGAGGAAGCAAGGUUGAUGAUGAUGGAGGGGCAACGUUGUUGUUAUUGGU